AUGCACAAUGAUCUCUACACUAAUGAUGAAUUGGCCUAUGUAGAGGGCUUUGUAGACGCAUUUGUAGAUGCCCAAUUACAAAUCAUCCAUCGAGUGACGCAGCUAGACAAGUACAACACGACCCAGCGCCAAUCUUUAAUCUCACUAGAAGACGGUGGUAUUCAUGAGAUCAUUGCCCAAAAGGAGCUCAUCAGCAUUACUGACAAGACAUACCAAGCAUUGCUAGCGACUUACAACCACGACAAGCUGGCGCUGAUCAUACAAGGCCUUGGUGCCACCGGAAGCCUUUUACCGGCUGCAUUUUCACUACCUACCAACUUGAGUGAUACAUCCAUCAAGCAUAUAAAACAGAGAGUGUCAGCUGGAAACCAAAGUUCACUAUCAAAAGAGACAAAAUGA